AUGUCUUCGAUUCACAUUUUCAAUGUUGAAAUGACUUGCGAAGGUUGCUCAGGAGCUGUGGAAAGAGUUUUGAACAGAUUGAAAGGUCAGGGCGUUGAAGAUGUGUCUAUAAGUUUACCAGAACAGAAGGUGUCUGUUACUUCUAGUCUAAGUUCUGACCAGUUACUUGAAGUAAUAAAGAAAACUGGAAAAAAAACAACCUAUGUUGGCAAGCAAUAG